AUGGGUCCGCCAAAUCCUGCCCAGUCUCUUGCACCAACACCGAAUGACCAUCCUCAUCAAACAUCGGAUUAUCAUGUUGCUUCCUCUAAAAAAGCAACCACCGCGUGUUCGGCGUGUCAAAAACGAAAAUCCAAGUGUAUUGGAGGCAUCCCGUGCUUGCCCUGUCAGAAUUCUAAGACGGAAUGCAUAUUCAACGCGGACAAUGAUGGCCGCCGACGAGUCACCCUGAAGCGAAGAAUCGAAGCUUUGGAGCAGGACCGUGACUUGCUAAUGCAGCUCGUGAAUACUAUUCGUGACGAGGACGAGCAAAAGGGCCGUAGCUUGCUGGAUUUGAUUCGAAGUAACGCGCCUUUAGACAAAAUCCGCCUUCAUCUUGCGAAAAAUCAAAAUCUAAGUAAUGACAACGAAGCCGUCGCCAAAGGCCCAAAGAUUCCUUCCAGCCCGUUUGAGUUAUCUCACAGGUACAUGGACAUUAAGCGUAUAUCUGAUAUUCCUCUCUACAAGGUACCCGCGCGACCGUGGACAUCUGUGACGAAUGACGACGACUUUGUGUCGCACUUAAUUUCACUCUAUUUCACCUGGAACAACUGCACUUCAAAUUGGAUUGACCGCGAUUUGUUUUUGAGAGAUAUGAGAUCCGGCAAAAUGGGCUCUAAGUUCUGUUCCCCGUUGCUUGUCAACAGUAUCUUGGCUAUGGCAUGUUUAUACUCAGAUUAUCCCGAAACCCUGGCCAUCCCGGGUGAUCAAAGCACACGAGGAGAUCAUUUCUUGGAGGAAGCAAUGCGAUUGCUGAAAGAAGAAGAAGAUCCACUAUCACUCACAACUUUCCAAGCGCGAGGUAGCAUUUACAUCUGUCUGACCGACAUGGGAAAAGGCAGGCUUGGCUGGCUGAAAAUUGUCGAGAUUGCGGACUGUGCCCGCGAUAUUGAGAAUAAUAGUCACACAAUGAUCGCAGAGGCGGGUGCAGAGGCUCCAGAGAUGGCAAGGGCCAUUUCUACGGCUGUUUUUGGGCUGUUCAAUAUCUGCACAAUCAGUGUUCUCGGUCUACAGAAGCCUGCCAUCGCUACAAGACCCACAAAACUUGAGCGGCUCUCUCGAGGCCAUGAUCCAGAAGACACUUGGUGCCCUUAUCCCCGCCAAGUCGAACCGGCACCGGCACACACGGGCUGUGUGAUCAAUGGCGUUUUCGAUCUCAUGCUUAUUGUGUGGGAUAUAUGCGAUUAUUUCUUCGGAGACGGUAAGCCUGCUGCAUUUGAUCUUGAAAACGUCAACACCUUUCACUAUCGACUGCAAGCCUGGGCUAAAACCCUCCCUGAAUGCGUUGGUCUGGGUUGCACGCCGACACCCGGAGUCAUGGACAUGCACAUGAGAUAUUACACAAUUAUCCUUUUGAUAUUCGGCUUCAUCAAACCAAUCCUUGAAGAGAGCGACCUAGCCACUAAGAGCCACAUCAAGGCUCUGAGGUUCUCUGCAGCUCACAAUAUCGGCGCAGUACUCUGUCAAUUCCGAUCACAAUGGCCUGUGGACUGUAUUCCAGGAACCGCGAUGCAGUAUACUUCUGUUGCAAUGUUUGCACUCCUCGAAAAUCUACAGGAUGCCCAAAGUGAACAAGCAUUCAUUGAAUCUUUCAUCAUUCUCCGUUCGCUCGCUCGACGGUGGAAAUCAGCCAGGGGUAUUCUUCGGCUUAUUCAGCUUACAGCCAUGGAAAUGGAGUCUACUCUUCCGACGGAAACACAAAUCAUCUUCAGAGACUUUGAGGCUGAACUCUGGAAAACAGAGCAAUCUGGCGGUUCAGCGGCCUUUAUUCAAACUCUGCAGUCGCUUUUGAUCAAGGGUGAGGAUCCUGAGGAUCCUAAGGACGCAUCCGUGACACCCAAUUAA